GGAAAUACUUAUAAUAUCAACAUAUGAACAUAAUAGUACAAUCUAUUUCUAAAUCUCUAUCGGAUACAGUUUGUUACACGUUUUUAUUAAGAAUUGAAAUCAAAAUGGAGUUCAAAAUAAUGAUGAUUUUAUACGUUAACAUUUUACUUUUCGCUAAUUUGAUUGCGGCCGAGCCAGCCUGCUCAAAAUUUGACUACGAAGAAAAACUGCUGGGAAAACUAAUUAGAAUGGAGAUAAACUUUGAGAUUAUAAUUGAGGAAAUGAAAGAUCUGAAAACAAACGUAAAGUCCGACAUUGAAAACAUGGACAAGAAGAUUGAACAACUGAUUGCGGAUAGGCUAGAACUGCAAACUACAUUAACUAGUUUAAAAUCAUCUGUCAGCGAGCUGGAUACAAGAACACAAAGCUUGAUGACUGAAACCGACCGUGUCAUUGAGAUGCAAAAUGUUACCAGCGCUCAAGUGAAAAGAUUAGAAGAAACAGUCGACGAAAUUCAACAACAACAUAAUGCCACUUACAAAUAUGUCAUGGAUCGUAUCAAAUACUGUAUUCCUGGGCCUGCUUUGGCCGCAAAGAUGGUGGUUGGUGCCAGGGUUGUACGGGGGAGGGAUUGGAAUUAUGGAUCGCAGGACGGGACACCACCAGGUAGUGGAACAAUCACAGCAAUUCGUAGCGAUAUAUGGCACACUGUGAAAUGGGACACAACUUCAACAGCUAGCUACCAAGUGGAUGUUAAGAAGAACAUUUAUCACUUAACUCUUGAAACUUGCAAGCUCUAUUCAACUUAGAACUACAAACUUGUCUUCAUGCAUGUUUGGUAACAUUCAAGUGUGUUUUAUUAAGCAUGCUGGUACUUUAACUACAGCCUAUGACCUUAAAUGUAAAACCGGGUAAUACUCAUUACACAUGUAUCUCACAUGUUAGCUGUACAUGUUACGUGUGAGCUAUAUUCGAACAACUUAUGAUAAUGUGAAAGGUGAGCUAUUUGCGAACAAAAGGCAUGCGUAUACAGCAUAUAGCUAUUGCAUGUAUAACUCUGUGGCCCAUUAUUACCAAAUUGCUUUCCUUGAUUUGAAUAAAAGCUAAAGCCAU